AUGAUCAGAAAUAUUAUAAAGUACUCCUUCACAAAGAGAUCCAUCUCAAAUGCACCAAUCUCUUUAUCUUAUGUGCAUGGUGUUUCUAGCAAGCCUUUGAGUUACAUCACUAUAGGUGAAAAGCUAAGAGAAUAAGCAUACAAAAUCUCCGAUCAAGUUGCAAUCAUCUCUCACCUUUAAAAAAAGCAAUUUACAUAUUCUGAACUCUACAGAACAUGUGAAAAGGUAGCUGCAAGUCUUCUUUCUUUAGGAUUGAAAAAAGGUGAUCGUAUUGGUAUAUAUUCCCCUAACAAUUACGAAUGGGUAAUCACUCAAUAUGCUGCAUCUAUGGCCGACUUGAUUUUAGUUAACAUCAAUCCUGCCUAUUAAGAACACGAACUAGAAUAUUGUCUCAAAAAAGUUGGAGUUAAAGCCAUCGUUAUGGCAUCACACCAUAGAAAGAGUGACUAUGUAAAAUUUAUUAAUAACAUAGUCCCAGAAUUGCAAACAUCAGAUAUAGGAAAACUUAAAAGUGCUAAACUCCCUAACUUAAAAUUCGUAAUAAGAAUAGAUGAUGAAAAAACCCCUGGAAUGAUGAGCUUUAAAAGUCUUUAUGAAUUAGCAGGAAGUAAAGACUAUUAAAAGCUCCACACAACAAUGAGAAUAACUGAACCUGAUGAUGCAACUAAUAUUUAAUUUACAUCAGGUACUACUGGUAAUCCAAAGGGUGCUACUCUCACUCAUUUUAAUAUCUUAAAUAAUGGUUAUCUAUUAGGUUAAAGAUUAGGUCUUGUUUAGUCUGAUAAGAUUUGUCUCUCUGUUCCUCUCUAUCAUUGCUUUGGUAUGGUUAUGGGUAACUUAGCUGCUCUAAAUUAUGGAUCUACUAUUGUUUUACCCAGUGAAGGAUUCAAUCCUUAGCAUUCUAUGCAAAGUGUUGGAGAAUAUUAAAUAACAACAAUGUACGGUGUACCUACUAUGUUUUAUGAAUAUAUUAAAGAAUAUGAACAUAAUCCAAAAUUGUACAACAUUUCUACUCUCAGAAAAGGUAUUAUGGCAGGUGCUUUAUGUCCUCAAUCUUUGAUGAGCAAAUUAAUUAACGAAUGGAAAAUGACAGAUUUACAAAUAGCAUAUGGUAUGACUGAAACCUCUCCUAUAUCAUUCUAAACUGAAUCUUCUGACAACUUAGAAGAUAAAUGUGGCACAGUUGGUAAAAUCUUCCCUCAUACUGAAGCAAAGAUCAUAAACAGCAAAGGAAAAAUACUCGAAAGAGGAUAGUCUGGUGAGUUAUGUAUCAGAGGAUACCCAGUUAUGUAAAAGUAUUGGGCAGAUAUUAGAAAUACUAACAAAACUAUAGAUACAAAUGGUUGGUUGAAGACUGGUGAUGUAGCAGUUAUGGAUGAUAGAGGUUAUGUUAAAAUCGUAGGAAGAAUCAAAGAAAUGAUCAUUCGUGGUGGUGAAAAUAUUUAUCCAAAGGAAAUAGAAGAAUUUUUAAGAACACAUCCAAGCAUUAUGGAUGUUUAAGUUGUAGGUGUUCCAAACCAAAAAUUCGGUGAAGAAACAUUUGCCCUUAUUAGAUUAAAAUAAAAUCAAGAAGUUAAACCCUUAGAUAUAGCUGAAUUCUGUAAAGGUUAAAUUGCUCACUAUAAAGUGCCAAAGUAUGUUAAAUUUGUUGAUUCAUUCCCUCUUACAAUUACAGGAAAGCCAUAAAAAUUCAAAAUGGUUGCUUCGAUCAAAGAAGAAAUGAAUGGAAGUGAAUAAAAUCUUGAUAAAUAUUCAAUUAGAUCAUAUUGA